AUGAGUACAGAUCAAGAGACCGUUCAAAAUAUAGAGUUGACUUCAUUUGAUAAAUCAGGUGCGAAGGUAUCAUCGCAAUAUCCUUUGGAUGAGGAAUCAUAUCCUUAUGAAGGUGAAAUUGAAGUCGGAGUAGCAGAGGAAGAGGAUUUAGAAGAAGAUUUGAGAGAUUCGAAUUUUAGUUGGGUACUUACUUCGAUAUGGACUAACAGUGCGCUGGCUGCAUUGGAUGGUACAAUUGUUUCUACUACUGUGAAUGACAUUGCAUCUCAAUUCCAACAGGCCUCUAUGGUUACCUGGGUCGCUACAGCAUAUCUGCUGACCACUACCGCCGUACAACCACUUUAUGGGAAAAUUAGUGACAUAAUUGGAAGACGAAAAUGUCUACUAUUUGGUGAAGUAAUAUUUGCCCUUGGUGUUUUGCUUUGUAAUUUUGCCAACACUAUACCUCAAUUAGCAAUUGCUAGAGCCAUCUGUGGUAUUGGUGGUUCUGGAAACAGUGCUAUGGGGAAUAUUAUGCUCAAUGACAUUCUGCCCUUAUCGGUAAGAGCUACUUAUUGGAGUUAUGGUGCCAUUUUGGCAAGUAUUUUCCAGAGUUUAGGAGGUCCCAUAGGUGGGUUACUUCUUAAAUGGUUUGGUGUCGGCGGAUUAUUUACACCACAGAUCCCUUUCUGCAUAGGUAGUAUCUACUUAUCCUACAAAUACAUCCACGAUUACAAAGAACAUGCGAGGAGUUCCUGGAAAAGAAUCGAUUUUGGUGGUAGUAUUUGUCUGUUAGUGGGCAUAUCUUCCUUCAUAUUCUUCUUUUCAGCAAGUGAUAAUACCACUAUUGAGGACGACGGUUGGUCUACUCCUAAAAAAUGGAGUGUUGUACUGCUUAUCGUCUCAAUAAUCGCCUUUGCGUUUAUUGAGAAUUUCGUUGCAGUAGAAUGUAUCAUCCCCAGAGUAAUUCUAGAAGGCACACUAGGCCUAAUGGUCUGUAUUCAUGGUCUCGUAGCUGUGAUAAAUUAUACAUGUCUAUUCAUGGUCCCGCUUUUCCUACAAUUGAACUGGGGGGUCAGUGUAAGUCGCUCUGGUGGUUAUAUUAUGUUUAUUGUGAUCUUUUCAUCUGCGGGUUCCUUGUUUACUAGCAUGAUUCUAAAUCGUUUCUCAAAGCCAACCCGUUCAUCUCAACUAUUCUGUGCUGCAAGUGCCAUUUUUUACAUGUCGAUUCUUACUAUCGUGGGGUACUACUACAUGCAGAAGGCCAUAUAUUACAGCAAACCCAUUUAUGGUAGCGAUACUCAAAUACCCAAAUAUGAUAAUUGGUCCAUCAUACUUGGUAUAGCUAUCCUUGGGUUCUGUCAAGGAUCUCAGAAUGUCACAAUUUCCAUCUACAACGUGGCUAAAGUUGGCAGAAAAGAACAAGCAUCAUCUACAAGUGUUAAUCUUUUGUUUAGAUCAAUGGGUAACGUUUUAAGCGUAUCCAUUGCCCUCAACAUAUUCACUAACGUACUCAAAAAGAAAUUAAGUAUAGUGCUGAAUGACGAUUUAGAUCUACUAGCUGUGUUACUGAAAGAUAAUGCUUUCUUAAGGAGUGACAUUAUGCCUACAGAGAGAAUUGGUCCAAUUCUGGGAGCAUUCCACGAUGCCCUUGGGACUAGCAUCGUUCCAUGCAAAUGGUGUGUCUACAUCAGUCUGAUACUAUCAUUGAUGUUAUUUGUAACUGAAUACAGGCAACACAAAGACUUAUGA